AUGCCUGUGUCCUCUCCUACGUGGUUAAGUAGUGUCCCGAUUCCUACCAACGUUGCCACAAAAUUCCCGACAGAUCAGGCAAUCAUACCAGGGCCUCUUGCGCCUUCCGACUUUCACAUCAACAAAAAAACAUACCCUGCAGCCAACAAGGUUCCGUCUGUAGAUCACCCAGAGGUCCAAAAGGUCAUUGGGUCUAUUGACUGGACCAAGGUAUCCAAAUCACCUAUUCGCAAAGUGGUCGACUGGUCUCUUGACUUGACAGGCUACGACUACCUUGGAGACCCCGAUUGCUGGUCGUCUUCUAGUCUUUGCAGAUAUCCAAAAGCCCUUGAUUUACCCGAAGACGUGCAUGAAUGCCCCAAUUCUGGCGAUUGGGGGCUGAGCUACGACGAUGGACCCUUCCGUGCCUGGACAACCUCGCCAGAAGACAAGGCAUGGGAGUCGCCGCGUCUCUACAACUUUUUGGCCACAACUGGAAAUCAAAAGGCGACUUUAUUUUAUGUUGGACAUAAUGUUAUCAACUUCCCUGUGGCUGCUCAACGUGCUCUUGCAGAUGGACACACACUUUGUGCUCAUACUUGGUCUCACAAGCAGAUGACUUCGCUUACCAACGAAGAAGUGGUGGCUGAACUGUACUGGACUAUGAAGGCAAUCAAGGAAACUACUGGAGUAACAACCCGGUGCUGGAGACCCCCAUACGGAGAUGUGGAUGAUCGUGUUAGAUCAAUUGCGUGGCAAAUGGGUCUAAGAACAAUUGUGUGGGAUAGAGACUCAAACGACUGGGAUUUGAAUGGUGUACCAGGAGGAGGACAUUUAUCGAAAUUAGAAGUAGGCAAGAUAUUUGAGAAGUGGAUAUCACGUAUGGCCAACAGACAGGACAGAGAUACGGGGCAUGUUUCAUUGGAACAUGAGAAUAAUAGGGAAGCACUUGCUGUUGCAGAAGAGUGGCUUCCAAGACUACAGAACCAAUUCAAUGUGGUUCCUAUCCAUGAGUGCAUCGGUGAUCCUAAUCCAUACUGGGAAGCCAACUGGAAAUUCCCUUGGCCUGCCGGAAAAUUCAAUGGGUCC